AAGAAAGACCGUGUGAAGUUCUCUGCGGCAUGAUGUAAAAGUGUUGUGUGAUCAAAACAUUCGAAGUUAUAUUUUUCGGAAAAUUCUAAUUAUUGCGUUAUUUUUAAUUGUUAAUUACAAUGGCUUCAAUUACCCGAUUGGUGGGGAAGCCAGUACUACAAUUCCAGGUUCGGAUUGUAGGCUCUCGAUGGCAAUCUACCCAGCAGGAGCUGGACACUAGAAAGCAUGCCGACGAUGAAGAAUUUCGGGUACUUAAUUUCAAGCAAGUUAAAGCCCAGCGGAUAGUUCGGCGCAAAGCGCCCAAGUUGGAAGUGCCACCACCAAGAUCAAAUCAGAUGGCCACCGAUCAGGACUGGGGCGCCGUUUGGCCGGGUCCGAAAACCUUCAAUCCCUCCACGGUUCCUUUACCACUACGUCAGGGCUACACUAUGAAAAAGCACCAGGUUCCACCGGGCAAGUUCGCCAAUGCCGAACUGAUGAAGAUUCCGAACUUCCUUCAUCUCACACCGCCGGUUAUCAAGCAGCAAUGCGAAGCAUUGAAGCAAUUUUGCAAUCCCUGGCCAAAAGCGCUCGACACCGAGGAGAAGAUGAAGCAACACUUUCCAGUGGAUUACAUCUCGACCGACUAUUGUCACGCUUUGCCGACCAUUCGCAAUCCUCUAUCGCGUAUCGUUACGGUUCAGUUGAAGGUCGAUACCCUGAAGCUGAACAAGCACGCUAAAGAUAAGUUCCUACGGUUGGUGGGAGAGCGAUACAAGCCGGACACGGAUGUGUUAACCCUUGUGACGGAUCGCUGUCCGUUGAAGAAGCAAAAUUACGACUAUGCCUUGUAUCUGUUGACGGCACUGUACCACGAGUCCCAUGUGGUUGAACCAUGGGAGGAGACGAAAACGGAAGCCGAUAUGGAGUAUUACGAUUUCCAGCGGAAUCGUGCCAAGGUAAGUUCGGAAUCGAUUUUGAAUUGGGGUAAAGCCGACGGAGAACAGCGAGUGGAUGCACCGGCGAGCUAUGCCAAUUCUGUGGAGCAACUGUUCAACGAAGGUGAAAAUGAGUACAACUUGCAAAAGUAUAAGGAACAGACGGUAAGGUUGUUAGGAUUUGUCCAGUGAGUGCUUCUAAUGGGGGUUGCUUUCUUAGAUUUGUUUCGAACUUAGGAAAUAUAACAUAAGAUACAAUU